GUCGUCGCCACGCUGUGCUACAGGCGAAUGCAGUGACGACCGACCGACGGGACACGCCCAUCUCGACUCUUUCGAUCAUCACACACUCUCCACACCACACCACAACUCACCAGCCAUGGGCUUGUUCAACCGAAAGAACAAGAAGCCGGCAGAGGACGUCCCCGUCGACGCCGACCAGCCAAACAAGGAGAAGGUCAAAUGGUCGAAACGCCCAGCAAACACUGCGUUCAAGCAGCAGCGCCUCAAGGCAUGGCAACCCAUCCUCACGCCCAAGGCCGUGCUCCCCACGCUGUUCCUCAUCGGCGUCAUCUUUGCGCCCAUCGGCGCGUUGAUCAUCUGGGGAAGCGGCAAGGUCACGACCAUUACCCUCGACUACACGCAGUGCGAUGAGCAGGCGCCGACCAACGGCACGUGGGCUGACAUGCCCAAGAGUGCUUAUGGAUAUGACCUCAAGUCCGGCUCGCCCAUCAAGUCAUCCGCGAUUGCUGCACCGCAGUGGACUUUCUCCAACGACUCUACCCGCCCUUACGACCAGCAGGCCCAGUGCCGUAUCCGCUUCAACGUCCCCUACGACCUCGGCAGGGGCGUCUUCCUGUACUACAAGCUUACCAACUACUACCAGAACCACCGUCGCUACGUGCAGAGCUUUGACUCGGGCCAGCUGCUCGGCAACAAGCGCUCGACGCACGACAUCAACAAGGGAAACUGCAAGCCUAUCACUUCCAAGGACGACAAGCAGUACUACCCCUGCGGCCUGAUCGCCAACAGCUUGUUCAACGACACGUUCCCAUCCGUCGUGCUUCUCAACGCACCAAACGGCGCCAACAACCAGACGUACGAGUUCUCCGAGAAGAACAUCGCGUGGCACGGCAUUUCGAAGAACUACAAGAACGAGCCCAACAACGAGCUGACCUACGAGAACACGCUCCCGCCGCCCAACUGGGCCAAGAAGUACCCCGACGGAUACACGAACGCGACUGGCUGGCCGAAGCUCGCCGAUGACGAGCACUUCCAGAUCUGGAUGCGUGUCGCUGCGCUGCCAACGUUCCGCAAGCUCUGGGGCCGCAACGACAACGACGUCAUGCUGCAGGGCAACUACGAGGUCCUCGCCAACAUGAACUACCCUGUCAAGAUGUUCUCGGGUACAAAGUCGAUUGUCAUUUCUACUGUUGCCUGGGUCGGUGGCAAGCAGCCGUUCCUCGGCUGGGCGUACGUCGCCGGUGCUAUUCUGUGUGUCGCGCUCGCGCUCGCCGGCCUCCUUCGCCACCUCAUCAAGCCCCGCAAGAUGGGCGACAUGUCUCUCCUCUCUUGGAACCAGCCCCAGGCGCAAGCCACCCGAUAACCGUGAUUACGCAGUGUGCCAGUCAUGUAGAGCUGUAGUUUACGUAUCUGAUAUCCGAUGCUUCUAGAUUUGUUGCG